GUUAAUGUUACAAUCUGUUACGAUUACUCCUUAAAGAAAGGCUUGGACUAUCGAAGAAGAUCAUCAAUUGUAAGAAUUACGAUAAAGUAUGGGAUUGGAUUGGAUUGAAGUCGCUCGUCGUAUUGGAAGAAGAAAUCCAUCUCAAUGUGCUCAGAGAUGGAAACGAAUUAAAGGGUAUAAACUUAGAAGAUAAUGGUCUUAAGAAGAAGAUGAUAAGUUAAAGAGUUUAGUCAAAGAAUAUGGAUAUCAUUGGAGUAGAAUUGCUAAAUUAAUGCCAAAUAGAACUGGUAAAUAAAUCAGAGAGCACUAUUUAAAUUAAUUACAUCCAGAUUUGAAUAACGAGCCUUGGAGUUAAGAAGAAGAUGAAAAAUUAAUCGAAAUAUAUAAUAAAAUUGGUGGUAAAUGGAGUGCCAUCUAGAAAUAAUUAAAUGGCAGAUCAGAAAAUAGUAUAAAGAAUCGAUUUUAUUCAUACCUUAGAACCAAAUAUUUUGGAGUAAAGAACCCUUAUUAUAUUGUUCCAGAAUAAGAAAAUUCAAUAUAAAUGGAUUAAAAAUUAAAUAAAAUAGAAGAAAAUAAGACUCAAGAUUAUUCAAUUUAAAAUUAUUGGAGUAAUACUUAAUAAUUUAUGCUUCCAUUUAAUAUGAACAGUUAUCCUUCAAUGAGUCCAGUGAAUAGCUUUCCAUAAUUUUAAAUAUUCUAUCCAGUUUUUACACACCCUCAACCUUAUUAUUUAUUAUCAUGUAAAUAGAAUGUAAUCCAACCAUGUUGA